AAGGAACAAGUUUCCCAAUAUAAAUGCAAUUAAUUUGAUUCAAAUGCUAAAAUUGAUUGCAAUUGGUUUUAUUUCCUGAUAAUUUCUAGCUUUCAAGUUCAAAAUGAUCUCAAAUCGCGAUCUAGUUUUGAUAGCGUAAGGUCGUCGCUAUGGAAACAUAGCAAAUAAAUGGCGGAUCAAAAUUGAGAAAACAUAAAUUUACAAUCAGCAUAUAUAUUUGUGGAAAUCUUAAUACUUAGGAGGGAAAAAUCAAAAUAAACAAUGGCAGAGAAAGAAAAAGCUUCAAUGGAUGACAGUGCAUUUGAUGCACUGGAAAAAGACUUCCAGGAGGUGUUGGGGGAACUCAUGGGUGAUCGCAGUUUAGAAAAAUUCAGAGUGGAAUAUGAAAAAUUACAUAGAGCCUUGAAAAAGUCACAUGACAGUGAAAAAAGAUUGAUGCAAAAAUGCAGAGAACUGAAUGCUGAAAUAGUUGCAAAUUCUGCCAAAGUUUCUACUGCUCUUAAAUUAUCACAAGAAGAUCAAACCACAAUCGCCUCAUUAAAGAAGGAGAUUGAAAAAGCAUGGAAAAUGGUAGAUGCUGCACAUGAGAAAGAAACAAGGGCCAGAGAAACAAUUCAGUCUCUCAAACUAGAAAUAUCCAACUUGAGCAAGCUAGUAGAACAAGGAGCUGGACUUACAAUGGGCCAAGAACACAGUGUGAAUGAAUUAUUAAAGAUCAAAGAAGAAUUGACGAAAGAGCGUGAUGAUCAACUUUCUGAAAUUGUCAAACUUAGAGAGGAACUUGCUUCAGCUAAUGAGGAACAGGCUCAAAUGGAGAAAAACCAAGAAGAAUCAAACCAGAAAAUAUCUGAGCUGAAUCAAGACAUCCAAAUGCGAAACAAUGAAUCCCAACGAGAAGGUCGUAAGAAGGACAAGAUGGACCGUGAAUUGAAACAAGCUCGGGCUGAAUUAGAUGGCAAAAUGGCGGAGAUCAAAACCAUGUCAAGUCAGAUUGAAAGAUAUAAGACUGAUACAGCUAAACUUGAGCAGUCUUUGAAAGAACAAAGGAUCUUCAAUGAGCGCACUAUCAAAGAUGCUGAUAUUCUCAAUGCUCGAUUCCAAAAGUUACAGCAAGACUUUGAAAUGCAACUGGUUUCUGCAGAUUCCCUUAGCAACGACAACCAAAAUAAAGUUCUGGAACUCAAGCAAAAAGAGGAUGAGGUGAAUGCAUUGAAAACUGAGACUCAGCGCCUCAACAAAUUACGGGAAACCAUUCAGCGUAAACUUCGCUCUGUUGAGGACCAGAAACUAGAGACAGAGGGGGCUAAGGAGACAUUGAAGAGCCAGAUAAUUGCCUUGGAUAGAGAGCUGGAAACCAACAAGAAGCAGUCAGAGGCUGAUAAGAAGGCGAUUGAUGACCUGGUCAGGGAGAGAGACAUCCUCAACAAGAACAUGUUGAAGGCUGCAGGAGCCACACAGAAGCAGCUGAACCUGGUGAAGCUACAUGAGCAGAGUAAGCAGACACUUGAGCAGGAGAUACAGAACUACAAAGAUGAGGCCCAGAAACAGAGGAAGAUCAUUUACCAACUUGAGAAAGAAAGAGAUAGAUAUAUCAAUGAAGCCAGUGAUCUUACACAGAAGGUGUUACAACACAUGGAAGAUGUCAAAGUGAGAGAGAUGCAAAUCUUUGACUACAAGAAGAAGAUUGCUGAGGCAGAAACUAAACUGAAACAACAGCAGAAUCUUUAUGAGGCUGUUAGAAGUGACAGAAAUCUUUACAGCAAGAACUUGAUUGAGUCCCAGGAUGAGAUCACAGAAAUGAAACGUAAACUGAAGAUUAUGAACCACCAGAUUGAUCAACUGAAGGAGGAGAUCUCAUCAAAGGAGGCUGCUCUUGUGAAAGAACAUCUUGAACAUCAACGGGUUGAGAAAGAGAAGGAAGCUCUGAAGGCUGAACUGCAGAGAAUGAAGCAAAUGGCAGCAGAGAGCAAGGCAUACAUUGAGGCCCAACAAGCUGAGGAGACUAAACUGCUCAAGAUCAUUGCAGAGGCAGAUGCCGAGAGAGUCAGACAGAAGAAGGAGUUAGAUCAGGUUAUCAGUGAACGUGACAUUCUGGGUACUCAAUUGGUGCGACGUAACGAUGAACUGGCUCUCUUGUAUGAAAAGAUAAAGAUCCAACAAUCCACACUCAACAAGGGAGAGAUCCAAUACAAUCAACGUCUAGAAGACAUUCGUGUGCUCAAACUUGAAAUCAAGAAAUUACGUCGUGAGAAGGCGAUCCUUCAGAAGAGUGUUGCUAAUGUUGAUGACCUCCGUCGUGAAGUAUACCAUAUUCAGCGUGAAUUACUCCGGGAGCGAACACGUUGUAAAGCCCUUGAAGAAGAAUUAGAGAACCCCAUGAAUAUCCACAGAUGGCGUAAAUUAGAAGGUAGCGACCCAAGUACAUACGAGAUGAUCCAGAAGAUACAAACCCUACAGAAGAGAUUGAUAGCAAAGACAGAAGAGGUGGUAGAGAAAGAACUAUUGAUUCAAGAGAAAGAGAAGCUCUAUGUUGAACUGAAACACAUCCUCGCACGUCAACCUGGCCCUGAAGUAGCUGAACAACUAGGGAUAUAUCAGAGCACAUUGAAGGAUAAAACCAAACAAAUGAAAGCAAUGUCUUCAGAGCUGAACAUGUACGAGUCCCAGGUGCAAGAAUACAAAUAUGAGAUAGAGAGGAUUGCCAGGGAGCUGCAGGAGGUCAAGAAGAAAUACUACAUGCAGAAGAGAAAGGAACAACAAUCAAAGGAACGUGAGAGACAACUUGCUCAGGCUGGUGCCCCUAUAAUACAACCCCAGAGGACAGACCAGGCCAGGUUUACAGGGGGAGGUUUCAACCUUAAACAGAGCAAGGGGGUGGCUUAGUGAAGCAUAAACUAUCAACACACUCUGUCUUAUGAACAUUAUUCAUAAUUCUGGAUGCAGUAUUUCAGUCAUCAACAAAUAUAUGAGGAUUUAAGCUGAACUUUCUUGAAAUGUUAAAGUUGAGUACUUAUUUCUAGUGACAGUAAUAUGAUUUAUUGAUACCUUGUGACAAAUAUAUGUAUUUAUAUUGUAAUAUACAAUGUGAAAUUCAAAAUUUAAGUUGAACAAAUCUAAUAAUUAUAUGUAUGUAUCAUCAAUUAUUAUUGAUAUUUCUAAAGUUGUAAGCUUAUGCUGCAAUGUGAAGCUCACAUGAUUUAUAUUUGAUUUUAUCAAUGUUGAAAUAAACACCAUUUUGUUAUAUUAUAUUUCUACAUUUUGUUCUCUAUUAUGGCUUCCUGUUUCUGUCUUGUGCCUUGAUUAACUUAUAGGCUUCAGUACUAACAUGAGACGCUCAAAUAUUCAAAAGUUAACUCACUUGGUGUAUCUUAAUGUCAUAUAGCAGUAAUUAAUAUGAUAUGAACGCAUUUGUGAUAAUAACCCUAAAAAUAUAAUGCAUUUUUAAAAUUAUAGUCAAUGUGUUUUGAUGUAACUGGAUCCUGAAUGCAAUGACCAUUAGUGUAACCAGGAUUCAAAAAUGGAAGGUAUUUCAAUAGGCAAUGCAUAACUUAGUCUAAGGAGGAUAUUUAUACUUACAUGUUUUUUAAAUGAAUGAAUCUAACCUCCAACCUCAACUCAAGUUAAUUGUGAAAUCAAACUGUUUACUCUAAUUGUGUUUUAUUGAUGUUUGAAUUCAAGAUAAAGUUACAUAAUUGAUAUCAAGUGAUUUUUGAAUUUUU